AUGGGCAAAAGAACUAAUCCAAGACAUUUCCUUGUUACUUGGUCUUUACUGCUCCUAGAGACAGCUUUUGGAUUAACUUCAAGAGAAGUUAACAAGACCCUUUGUAUAGAAAAGGAGAGAGAUGCCCUUCUUGAGUUUAAAAGAGGCCUUAACGACGAUUUUGGUCGUUUAUCUACCUGGGGUGAUGAAGAAGAAUGCUGCAAUUGGAAGGGUAUUGAAUGUGACAAAAGAACAGGUCAUGUUAUUGUUCUUGAUCUCCACAGUGAGGUUACUUGUCCAGGCCAUGCUUGUUUUGCUCCAAUAUUGACAGGUAAAGUUAGUCCUUCUCUACUUGAGUUGGAGUAUUUGAAUUUCUUGGACCUCAGUGUUAAUGGAUUUGAAAAUAGUGAGAUACCAAGAUUCAUAGGCUCCCUUAAGAGACUGGAGUACUUAAACCUUUCAUCUUCUGAUUUUUCUGGUGAAAUUCCAGCACAGUUCCAGAAUCUAACUUCUUUGAGGAUUCUUGAUCUCGGAAACAAUAAUCUUAUAGUAAAGGACCUUGUGUGGCUUUCUCAUCUCUCCUCUCUAGAAUUCUUGCGCCUUGGUGGUAACGAUUUCCAAGCAAGAAACUGGUUUCGAGAGAUAACUAAGGUCCCUUCAUUGAAAGAAUUGGACUUGAGUGUUUGUGGACUCUCUAAAUUCGUUCCGUCUCCAGCUGAUGUAGCUAAUUCAUCUUUGAUCUCUCUUUCUGUUCUUCAUUUAUGUUGUAAUGAGUUUUCUACUUCAUCUGAAUAUAGCUGGUUAUUCAAUUUUAGCACAAGCCUAACUAGCAUAGACCUUUCUCAUAAUCAACUCAGUCGUCAAAUUGAUGAUCGCUUUGGGAGCUUGAUGUAUCUUGAACAUCUUAAUCUUGCUAAUAAUUUUGGGGCUGAAGGUGGGGUUCCAAGUUCUUUUGGGAAUUUGACACGUCUACAUUAUCUGGACAUGUCUAACACUCAGACAUACCAAUGGCUUCCUGAGUUGUUUCUCAGGUUAUCAGGUAGUAGGAAAUCACUUGAGGUUUUGGGAUUGAACGACAACUCGUUGUUUGGUUCAAUUGUUAAUGUCACAAGAUUUUCAUCCUUGAAGAAAUUAUACCUGCAGAAGAAUAUGCUGAAUGGUUUUUUCAUGGAAAGAGUGGGACAAGUUUCGAGCCUCGAGUAUCUAGACUUGUCUGAUAACCAAAUGAGAGGGCCAUUACCAGAUUUAGCACUUUUUCCAUCAUUAAGAGAGUUGCAUCUUGGCUCUAAUCAAUUUCAAGGGAGGAUACCACAAGGUAUUGGAAAACUUUCACAGCUUAGAAUUUUUGACGUCUCGUCCAAUAGAUUAGAGGGUUUACCAGAAAGUAUGGGGCAACUAUCAAACCUGGAAAGGUUUGAUGCUUCUUAUAAUGUCCUGAAGGGUACAAUCACAGAGUCCCACUUUUCAAACCUCUCCAGUUUAGUAGACUUAGACCUAUCCUUCAACUUGUUGUCUUUGAACACGAGAUUCGAUUGGGUUCCUCCUUUUCAACUACAAUUUAUAAGGCUUCCAUCUUGCAAUAUGGGACCUUCUUUUCCGAAAUGGCUACAAACUCAGAAUAACUACACUCUUCUUGAUAUUUCUCUUGCGAAUAUAUCAGACAUGCUACCAAGUUGGUUCUCCAAUCUUCCUCCCGAGCUCAAGAUUCUGAAUCUCUCUAACAACCACAUCAGUGGCAGAGUUUCGGAGUUCAUAGUGAGUAAACAAGAUUACAUGAUUAUAGAUUUAAGUUCUAACAACUUUUCAGGACAUUUGCCACUAGUUCCUGCCAAUAUACAGAUCUUUUACCUUCAUAAAAAUCACUUCUCUGGAUCCAUUUCUUCCAUUUGUAGAAAUACAAUAGGAGCUGCCACUUCCAUCGACUUGUCACGCAACCAAUUUUCAGGAGAAGUUCCUGAUUGUUGGAUGAAUAUGAGUAAUCUAGCUGUUCUAAAUCUAGCCUACAACAAUUUCUCCGGAAAAGUUCCACAAUCAUUAGGCUCCUUGACAAAUUUGGAGGCGUUAUACAUACGUCAGAACAGCUUUAGAGGAAUGUUGCCUUCUUUUUCACAAUGUCAGCUGCUGCAAAUCUUGGAUAUUGGAGGGAAUAAGUUGACUGGAAGAAUCCCAGCAUGGAUAGGGACUGACCUACUCCAAUUGCGCAUUCUAAGCCUACGUUCCAACAAAUUCGAUGGCAGCAUUCCAUCACUUAUCUGCCAGCUUCAAUUUCUUCAGAUACUGGACCUUUCAGAAAAUGGAUUAUCUGGGAAAAUUCCACAGUGCCUCAACAACUUUACCAUAUUGCGUCAAGAAAAUGGCUCUGGUGAGUCAAUGGAUUUUAAAGUCCGUUAUGACUAUAUUCCAGGAUCUUACUUGUACAUAGGUGAUUUACUGAUUCAAUGGAAAAACCAGGAGUCCGAGUACAAGAAUGCUUUACUAUAUCUGAAGAUCAUUGAUCUUUCAAGUAAUAAAUUAGUUGGAGGUAUCCCUAAAGAGAUAGCUGAAAUGAGAGGAUUGAGAUCAUUGAACCUCUCGAGAAAUGAUCUUAAUGGAACUGUCGUUGAAGGAAUAGGUCAAAUGAAGUUGUUGGAGUCCCUCGACUUGUCAAGAAACCAACUCUCUGGCAUGAUCCCUCAGGGCCUUUCUAACUUGACUUUUCUUAGUGUGUUGGACUUAUCGAACAACCACUUAUCAGGAAGAAUUCCAUCAAGCACUCAACUGCAGAGUUUCGAUAGAUCAUCCUAUAGUGGCAAUGCUCAACUCUGCGGUCCUCCUCUUGAAGAGUGUCCUGGAUAUGCUCCCCCUAUCGAUCGUGGAAGCAACACCAAUCCACAAGAACAUGAUGAUGAUGAUGAGUUCUCAUCUCUGGAGUUUUAUGUAUCAAUGGUGCUAGGUUUCUUCGUCACGUUCUGGGGAAUUUUAGGCUGUUUGAUUGUCAACCGUUCGUGGAGGAAUGCCUACUUCACAUUCUUAACAGACAUGAAGAGUUGGCUCCAUAUGACAUCAAGAGUCUGCUUUGCAAGACUGAAGGGAAAGCUAAGGAACUGA